AUGAAAAUAUUUCUGAUGGUACUAUUAAUCUUAUUCUCUUUAUCAAAUGCAUGCAAUGAAACCACGGGCAUUUCCGAUCUCAAAAACGAUACUAAUUGAUGCACAGAAAUCGGAAAUUGCUACUUUGAUGAAGAUUGCCCUCUGCUCCCUUGCAUAAAAAUAUUAUGCCCUGAAACAAAUCCAAAUUGCACUCAGCCACCUUGCUACAUAAAUAGAUGCAUAAAGCACCGAUGCACUGCCCUUGAAAGAGUAACUUCUGACAAGUGUAAAAUUGGUGGAUGUGGAGGCGAAUUGUGUUUUGCUCAAUCUGAUAGUGGAGUAAGCCCUUGCAUAUACCGCCCAGAAGAUGCCUGCUAUGGGCUAUAUGGAACAUGUGGUUAUCAUUCAUAUGGAUGUGACUGGAUAGCAACUCCGUCGUUAUACAGGUGUAUAUUUGAAGCCAGGCACAAUAAUAGUGUUUGCCCGUAA